AUGGAGAGAUGGAGGGAGGAUGUUCUGGCCGCGAGGGAGCGACGGCAGCUGCAGACCGGCUGCUCUCUCCUCGCGCGGCCUCCAGGGCGGGAGGGGGAGAGGAAGAGAACUGUUGCAGCACGAAGCCCGACGAGCGUGCAGGUGUGCGUGUCGCGACGUGCCGACGUGCAGGCGGGAGUGAGUGCGCGUGGCAAGGGCAGUGAUGCCAUGGGCAGGCUCAGCGCGCACAAGCUGUCCGCCGGCGCCUCGCGCCCCAUCUUCAAGGUCCACUACCACAAGCUGGUGGACGAGGGAGACUGCGGCGUGGACGAGUCGCCGCGGCCCGGCCUGCUGUCCUACUGCUGCCGCCAGUGCGGCCACACGCAGACCAUCAAGGCGGAGGAGCUGAACUCGAUCGUCGGGAAUGCGUUCCGAAUGGCUUACGCCGCGCAGCUGCAGAGGCAGCCGUCCUUCCACGACGUGAUAGCCACUCAGCUGCACGACAAGGCGCCCGGCGGCGAGAACAACAACUGCGCGGCGGACGCGCGCAUUAACUGGACGAAGCAAGUGACGCUGGGCAUGAACGUGCAACUGCCCGGCGGCGGGGGGCGCGACCCGCCCAGACUCGGCGUCAAGGCGCCGCCGCCCUCGUCCAUCCCGGGGCUGCGGCCCCCGGGGGCGGCGCCCGCCUCCCAGGCCAGCACGCCCAGCAGCGACGAGAGCAACUCGCCCACCGAGCUCAACUCGUACAAGCGCCUGGCCGACAAGCCGCCGCUCGUCAAGCGCAUCGCCGUGGGGCCGGCGGGGGGCGGCGAGGAGGGCUGCCCCCUGGUGGCCGCGCCCGGCCCCCGGCCCCUGUCGGGCGGCUACGUCAACGAGGCGGUCCCGGAGGCGGCGGACCCGGCCAGGGGCAGCAAGGCGCCCGCCGCCGACGCCCUGGUGCCGUCCAAGCACAUAGAGAUCGACAACAGCAGGUUGUGCCAGAGCUCGCCCGCCUCCACGGACCAGGAUUUCAAGGCCAAGAGGAUCUCGCAGAUCAGCUCGAGCAGCUCGGGCUCGUGUCCGCCGGCCACUGACGGCUCCACGCCCACCCCGCCGCCGCUGCCCGAGAGGACGGACAGCCUCAACAACCGUGCCGAGGAGGGCGAGCUUCGGUCCGCGCCCUGGUUCCAGGCCGGCAUCCCCAGGGAGAUCACGCUGGAAGUGCUGAGCCAGGAGCCGGUGGGAGCCUUCAUGGUCCGGGAGAGCACCAGCAAGCCCGGCUGCUACGCGCUGUCCCUCCGGGUCCCCAGGGACUUCCAGCCUUCCGGGAUAGCCCACUACCUCAUCAUGCGCACCAACAAGGGCUACAAGAUCAAGGGCUUCACGAAGGAGUUCUCGACGCUGACGGCACUCAUCACGCACCACUCGGUGAUGCCGGAGCUGCUGCCCUGUCCGCUGUCGCUGAGCCGCUACAACCCCAGCUUCGCCAAGUCGGACUCCAGCCGGGACUUCGCCGACAUAGACUCCGACCCCGACUACAACACACUCGCCGACUUCCGCAAGAUGAUGGCCGACCUGGACGUCUAGCGCUGCCUUAUCGAGCUCCAGUUCUGUGCGAACACUGCCUUCCCGGCGACCGUCGGCCGCACCGCUCACCUGCAAGUGGACUUGACGCUAACAUGGCUGAUGGUUAUAGAGGUGUUGAAGACUUAUGCUGAAGCAUUUCAACUGCAUUACGAAAAAAUUGUGUGUGUGUGUGCGCGUGUUUAUGCUCACGUGCAUAAUAUUUAAGGAUAAAAUUUAUACUACCAUACUGGAUGUUCAUUAACAUAGCAGAGCUCUAUAAAUUAUGUAAAAUGUGAUAUUUUGAGUGUAGUAAAUAAUGUAAAUAGGCAGCAAUGCUUUAUCUAAAAAAAAAACUAUUCAUAGGUAUAAAGUAGUUGUACAAGACAGAGUUAUAAAGACAUUUAAUAUAUGUUUUAAAGUUUUAGUUAAAAAGGAAAGCCAAAGGUGAAAUAAUAUUAUAUCUGGAAUAGGAAAGUUUAUAUAUUAAAUUAUAAUUUGAGUAAAACUUGUGCAGUGUAACAACUAAGUAAAUUAUUACAAAAAAUUAUCUUCACAGUUAUUACUCUACUUAGGAACUGGUUUUAUAAUUGUUUUUAUAAAGUUGUGUGUUAAGUGAAAUAGUAAUUUUCACUAACAGAGUAAAUGCAUCUUAUAUCAUAGCAAAUGUAUGCCCUGCAUGAGAAGUGAUAAAAUAUGUGAAGGUAAAUUAUUUUUUGUGAUGUAGUUCGUAAAAAUUGUGUGUGAUAUUAUAAGUGGGAAAAAAAUUUUUUUAACAAAUUUCAUUAGAUAGUUUUAACUCCUCCAAUGAAUAGGAGGAAGAUACAAUUACAAUAAAUGUUGGAAUGAUAAUUUAUAAGCUACAUCAUUGCGGCAAGAUUGUAUGGUAGAUAGCAAUCAAAUCAAACUACAUAAGCAACAAAAACAUUCACUUUUAUUCAUGAAGAUACCUCAAAAUUCAAGAUAUAUUUAAAUAUAAAGCAAAGUAAACCCUCAGAACAGAUUUCAUGAAUGAACAUGUCAUAUUUCAUAAAUCAUUCUUACAGCAGAUUUUACUUGACAAUUUUCGAAUAAUUACCACUUUUGGUUCUAUUCAAAACAAUGGUUUUUUUCUAAAACGCCAACUUCCAGUUUAAUUAUGCAACUCUUAACCACUCUAAACCAUUACUUGUAAGUAUAACUGAUAUGUCAGUAUUAUUUUUACAAACAUAAUUUUUUAACACACCAGUAUGUAAAUUUUUCUUAUUUUGUCCUUAAAAUACAGGUCUUAACUACUAACACAUAUUUUAUCUCUGAAUUUAAAAAAAGUUAAGUACACAUUUUUGCAAUUUUUUGGCAACACAAUUUUAAAGAAAUAAACACUAAUUUUCCUAGCAUCUAAAUUCUCUAAUUAUAAUUUUUGGCUUAACACUAAUAAAUUUUAAGUGAGGUACUAUAUUUUAUUACGAAUCACAACCACCGAAAGAAAGGUUUUAAAUCAGAGGGGGCUUCGCACAGCAUGGGUACCAACAGUGUAACAGUGGUGCUAGGGGUAGGCUGUCGUGACAGUUGUGACACAUGCCGUCUCCCUUGUCUAGCAUGCUGUGCUGGCUUAGUGUGAGUAGCCACACAAAUUAAACAGCAAAAACCACCAGUUACUAAAAUUUUGUAAUUUAUUGUUAUGGUGAAUUAGAUGCUCUACAUAUAACACAUGCGCAAAUUAUACAUGGUAGAGAAAUAACAGAAAACAUGCAUUAAGUUAAUCCUCAACAACACAUCAAAUAGUAACACACACGUAUAUUUAAAACUGGACUACAAUUUUACAUUACAUUAACAACUUAAGAACUAAAUUAGAGAAGAAAAUUUUCGAGCACUUGGUUUUGAAUGUUACUGUUUAAAAAUAAUAUAAUUAAUUUAGUUGAUGAGAGUUAAAUGCACAUUAUCUUGAAACAUUUCUGUUUUUAAAUUCAACCAAGCAUAAGAAUGUCAAAUAUUUUUAUUUUCAGUGAAAUGUGCACUUUAAUAUUUAGAGUCCCUAUGAAACAAUUAAUUUUUUUUUAGUUUCAUUUGUUCUAGUAGUAAAAUAAUCAAGAAACAAUUUGACUUGAUAAUUUGUGUGGUGAUGCAUUUUUAAAUAUGUAGUUCCACAAUUUUAAAACUACCAACACCAGUAUCUUAAAAUUUGAAAUCUAGCUGAACUAAAGGAAAAAAAAAAUAAAAACAUAACAUUUUGCCUCUGUUCAUUAGUAACUGUUGGAGGUAGCAGUAUUUAUUUUUGAUGUGCUUGCAAUUUAAUGUUUGAUAGUUUUUAAUAUGAUGUUUGAUGAGCACUUUGCAGACGAACAAAAAUGGUUUGAACAGCUUCCUUAUCUUGAUCUGGGAAGGGCUGGUGUAUGAGCGGAAAGUUAAGAAAUAUAUUAUUAAUAUCUUUUGCAGUCUUACAUAAAAAUAUUUCUUAUUCAUGCAAAAAAAAAACAAGAAGUUUACCAUUGUUAUACUUCUUAGUAGUACCAUCAUCCAUCAUAUGCUUUUGCACAUUUUCAUACAUUCAUUAUUUAAUAUUUCAGUAGACUAAAAUGAUUGAAUUGCAAUAGACUUCCUUGUAGAUGUGCGACCAUGAGUACUAAACAUGCACUACUUUUUAAAAAAAGAUCUUUAUAACUUCCAAUUUUAAAAAAAAAAAAAAUAGUAAGAUAAAUAUUAACAAUAUGCAGGGCCGUCGAGAAAAACUAAAGGCGCGGGACAAAUAAUUUUGGUUACUACACAACUCUUCAAACCCCUCUCUGUUGAAAAAAAUUAAUAGACUGCAAACCUUUUAAGAAAUUAUAAUGCUGUAUAAAUAGUACUGCACUAAGUGAUUUGUAACAGCAUUUUAAGAAAAAUUUCUAAACAUUUCUCUCAAACUUAAUCAUCAUCCCUUUAAAAGUAAAAAAAAAAAAAUGCCAAAAUUAUUAUUUCUGAAACUUGUAAUACUGAACACCUUAGAACAUAAUAUAAUUAAAAAUCAAAAAUCAUUUAAAAUUAGUUUUUCACACUUUCGUAUCAGCAAACGUUUCAAUAAUAGAAACAAAAUUCAAUGUCCGCGCAUGUCUUGAUUCAAUGCAUUAUGUACCUAGUUCAAUAAGCCUUUGUUGACCAGUUGUUGUUCUCAGGCAAUUCUUUAUUCUGCUUAGGCUACUGAAAUAUCUUUCUGCUUGAUAACAGAAACAGCAUAUGGAAGUUUUGCACUGCAACACACACACAUUGAAUAAUAAAUUAACAUUAUUCAAUUCUGUUAAUUUGUUGAGCAAUUUUAGAGGCUGAAGAGCAGUUCAAGAAAUGUUUGUAUUGGCAAUCUUGAAAACUAUGAGAAAUUUUGAAUGAAUAAUUUCCUUCUUACUUAGUUUUUCAUCAGUGAUAUAUGACACAAACCCAAUAUUAAAUAAAUUUGUCUGAUUUGUCAGUAUUCCAUAAUUUCCUGGAAAAACUUAGCACAAUACAUUUUACUUGGAUCGCAUAUUUAAAUAAAAAGAUUUUAAAAAAAAUUGCACGUAUUGAUGAGCUUAACAAAUUUGCUCUCAUAUUUCUAACUCCGAACAAAAUUAGACUCAAUGUAUGUUUGAUGUGUCACAUAACAAAUUAUUUUUAAGCUACCCUAUGUAUUAAAGUUUCUUGCUUGAUAUUUCAGAUCUUUGUACUUACAGGUCAUUUAAUUAAUAUUCCAAGCAAACUGGAGACAAUUGGCUGUGUAUACAUAUAUAACAUGAUUAUGCUUCACCAACUGUGUGUGUGCGCUGUUUCCACUGUAACACACUAUAACUGAAUGAACACGGUGGACAAAUCAAGUAGCAUAAUAAAUCUGCGUUACUGGCUUCAACAGGUGCUGCAGAUUGCAGAUGGCUUGCAGAUUGUUCAUUGCCUUGCCACGUUAACAUUCCGCCGCCAAGCGAUAACCAAACCUUCUCUUCAUCCAACAUGGAACAAAAUAUCUUGCAGAUAAUAUAUUUUGUCUCUCCUUGUAGUCUGUUAUCAUAACUUUUCCCAGGCAGAUUUCUUACCGUGGCUUCGACUGUAAACGUGAUAUGAGCACAUCGUAUAACGUAAGGUUUCCAGACUUGCUAUUUUCGUAAACCCACACAUUAAAAGUAUUGAAAUGUAACCGGGCCCUCUGACAGGGCCCUGAAGAUAUGCAAUAGUCAUGAAAGACCAGCAGUACUAUAAAACUAAGGCAGGAAAAAGACAUCUCAUUUUUGUAAGCCCACUGGCAUGAAAUCAGUUAUUGAUUUUGUCCAAUAAAUAUUUAAUAUUAUGUUAGCUAAGACAAAUUAUUGGAUAUCCCUACAUUUUACUGCCUUAAAAUACUGGUUCAUAGAUUAAAUUCAUGAUAAAGUAAAUUGUAAACCUUUAUUAACUCAGAGGUACAUACCUAUGAGGUUAUUAUUUUAGUUUGAAUUCCAUAAUGUAAGCAUAUUUCUUAAAUGAAUUUUAAUAAAUAAUUUUGUAGUACUUCAAAGAAUUGUGUAAAAUUUUAAUAUAAUUUUUUUGAAGGUAGUUCAUGUAAGAAAACAGAGAUAGAGUUAACAGACUUGCCAACCUUUACGAUUUUUUCGUAAAAUGUACGAAAAUCACGUCCGUUUUACGAUUGUACGAGGAUGUCUGCAUUUUUUACGAAUUUUAAGUACGAGACGUUUAUUAAAACAUGUAUUUUCCGUCUGCCUUAAAUGUUUUAUUGUAUGGUUUGUGAAAUCUUUCUCCACCUGUUGUUUCUGUGGAAAUUAGUGCGGUAAUUGAGUUAUAUUAUUGGUCGAAGGCCAGCGAACCACGUAAUUUGUUGUUCGAUUGUAUAUCUUUCCUUAUUGGCCGCCUGAGUUACAUUGAUGCGCUUACAACCAAUCACGAACCAGUUUAAAUAGCAUUUUUAGUUUGGCAAGAUGGUGUCGUGCAUAAGCGUAUGUUGUGAUUAUUCAGUUAAAGUUGAGCCAAUUUUGAUUUGGUUUAUUACAGGUUAGGAAACAAAUUUAUUGCAUGUUUUUAAUAUAAACGUGUUAUGUGCACAAUUAACGGAAGUGGAAUCAAGUGAAGAAGAAAAUACCCCCAAAACGUGAUACGCAUUAUUCUCAGGCAUUUCGUGAUACAUACACGCGGGAUUUUCCGUGUAUUCUUAAAUCAAGCAAGGGAACACAGUUCACAUUUUUUUCAGUGUGUAGAUACGACAUCAUCAUUGGGCACGGCGGAAGAUAUGAUAUCAAUCUCCACGUGAACUGUUCAAAACAUCUCGAAAAUGUUAAAAGUGUCGCAGUCAGUUCAAAGGUUAGUGAUUAGUUCGCUAAAAAUAACAGCACAGACAAUGCUGUAAUACGUGCAGAAUGUAUGUUUACAAACUUUUUUGUUGAACAUAUUAUUCCUUUAAAUGUUUCGGAUCACGCCGGCCCGUUAUUCAGAAAAAUGUUUUCAAAUUCUGAAGUAGCAAAAAAAUUUAAUUGCGCAAGAACAAAGUCGACGGCUAUCGUGAAAGAAAUGGCAACAGAUGCAACUAUAAAAUUGUUUGUCCAACUGUGGCAUUUUCAGUCGUAACCGACGGCAGCAAUGACUCUGAAUCCAAAUUAUAUCCACUAGUAGUAACAUUUUGUAAUGCAAGUUUGAAAAUGAUAGUGUCAAGGUUGCUUUCAUUACCAGUAGGUACUCCAGGGAGAUUCUACUGGAAGUUAACUGAUAUCAGUGUAUAUUGUAACAAAGGCACACUCGGUUGAAUUGUAGGGUACCACAAAGAACGAAGUUUUUUCUUUGAUGUGAUACUAAGCAAAAAUGUUUCCAUAAUGGUAAACAAUGGGAAUGAUUGUUGGUCUGCAAUGCUAAUGUAUGUUAAAACGAUUACAUAAUUUCGAUUACUAGAAAAAAUUUGAUAUCAUGAAAGUUUAUUAAUUUUUCAAUUGCCGCGAGCAGUUUACGCGUGUUAUAUUAUAUUUUAUGUAUUUUACUAAUUGAGGGUUUCAAAAGUUGGCAAGUCUGAGUUAAUAAUUAACGAACACCAUUCUGUAAGUUUUAUACAAAUGAAAAAAGUGAUUUUAUUUUAACUAUUCUAAGUCAUUUUUAAUUGUAAGAAUAUGUUUAAUACUGAAUUUAAAAAUUGUCUCUUAUUUUAUGUUCGACUAAAACACUAACCAAAAUCUUAACAUAACACUGUAGGUAUAUUAAAAUGAACCAUGGCCUGAUUCUCACAGUCACACAGGCUGUAUAGUUGGGUUUUUUGGCUGAACUUCAACUUAAACCACUUGAAAGUCUGAGCCUGAACUAUUUUUAAGAUGGUUCCAGCUGAAAAAAUAGACAGUAGACUUAUUUAUUUAUAACAAUUUAAGAUAUUGCUUCAUACAUUAUUUUGUAUGAAUAAAAUAUUAAAUUAUAAUAGAAUGGUCAAUUUUAUAAGUACAGUUUUGGUGUAUUUAUAAUUGGAUUUUUUUACAAAAUGAAUUACAUAAAAAGCUUUUUAUUUAUUUUUUGGCCUGGCAAUUAGAACAUAUAUGAAUUGUUUGUGUGGACUCAAUACUUCAUUUUAUUUUCAUGUCUUUUAUUACUUCAAGUGUUUAAUUCAAUGGUAACCCAUUAAUAUUUGUUUAUUGUUUAUCACAUAACAAAUUUGAGUUGUGCGUAACCUCCACUCAGAGCUGCAUAAUGUUAUGUGCUUGAUAACUAAUAGCUGUCAGAGAUGUUCUGUUACAAUUUUCAUUCUCAGAGAGAGAAGCAAAAAUGCUGUGUGUUUAUUUGUGAUCCAUAACUGUCAAACACUUAUGAUGGAUGCCACUUUAAAUCAUAUAAACAUUGUUUAGCUUUAAGAUGUGUUACAGUUUCCAUGUCUAUCCAACUUUUUAACUUUAUGCCUCUAUGUCUGUUCAACUUUAUAACGUUAUGUGUAACAGACAAUAUUAAUAUGGAGAAUAUGAUAACUUUCUUUACAGAUAAAUUCAACUUGCUUUGAAAAUGUUCUUUACUCAAUAAACUUCACUAGAGGAAUUUAGGAUGAAAUAUAGAGAUGUAAAGGCAAACAAACUCUUAAUUAAAACACACUACUUUCUGCUCUUAAUUGUUCAGAUAAACAUGAACAUGUGUACAAGAAGCAACAAUACUUGGCUGUAUGUAAUACUGUCCCAACUACUUUUUUUUACUUAGAAGGUUGUGAAUCUCUUCAUGUUCAGAACUUGAAUAAUUUAUGAAGAGCAGUUGAAAAGAGGAUAAUACUUCCGACUGUUGUGCUGAUACUUGCUGUUCACAAUGAUGUCAGCUGAGAACCUGUUAUACUCAUCACCAAUGCCACUGCAAAAUUGUGAUAUGGGCUUGAGCUUCAAAUGCUGAUAAAAAUAACUUAUUGAAAAGUAUUGGUCAUGUUUUUGGUGAAUUUGUGUGAUUUGUGUGUUUAUUAACAACAGAAAUGUUUAUGUUGCUUCAUAACAAUAAAUGAAUUUAUUUCUGUGAUGUAAUAUAAUUGUUUUUU